GACAACGCUGAUCUUGUCUGUUCUCCUCCUCCAUCGUUUCAUACUUCUCAGAUCUCUCCAUAUGGCAUAUCUCGAUUCCCUCCUCGGCUUUCUCUUCAUGAUGAUGCAGCCAGUUGAUCCCGACAAGGUCACUGCCGAGACAAGGAAAAGACUGAUGAGAGAGAGGUUGGAGGAAGAAGGGCCGAGUAGACAUAGAAGCAGGAAGAAGGAUGAUAAGGGUAAACGCGUGAUUACUGUCGUCUCCGAAAAUCACCGUUACGAUGACGUCGCCCAGCCGGGGCCCAACUGUGAGACGCACAAAGUGUCUUUCGAGGCCGAUGGUUACGACAGCGACGACGAUGAUCCAUGCUAUCACACCGAUGAUUACGACGAAUUUCGAUGUCUGCAAUUCGAGGAUGAUUUCGACGACGAGGAUGUCGUGGCCGAGAAGAAAAACGACAAGGUGCAAUGCUCCAAGCCUCAAGCCACUCCUCCUCCCAAACCCGACAAGGAGUGAUGCUUUAGACCUCAACCCAUAUCAACAUCAUCUCUACAAGCAUCAUAUAUAUAUAUAUAUAUAUAUGUAUGUGUGUAUGUAUGUGCUUGUCUUUGUGAUUGUUGAAUAAAUUCCGGAAUGAAUAAUA